AUGCUGUCCGCACCCGAAUCUCGGCGGGUUAGCCGGUCGAUGAGUGUUAAAGCACCAACCGCUGCAGAAUACAUGCCAUUGCCCGUAGUGGAUAAACCAUUAACAUUGACAGUUUCAAAUUCACACAGCAUUGAUCCAAAUGAGCCGAUAGCGGCUUUGGGUGGACUGACACCGACGAAAGAGGGACGAGUUGCAGCAUUGAGGAGACGGAGUUCAAUGGUUAGAGACAAAUGGGCAACUAAAAUGGAAUUUCUGCUAGCUGUUGUGGGGUACGCCGUCGAUUUGGGCAAUAUUUGGAGAUUUCCCUCUGUCUGCUACAAACACGGUGGAGGAGCUUUUCUGAUUCCAUACUUUAUAAUGUUAAUGGUCGGUGGACUCCCCAUGUUUUAUAUGGAACUCGUUCUGGGACAGUUCCAUCGAGCAGGUUGUGUGAGCAUUUGGAGAAAAGUUUGUCCGCUCUUUCGAGGAAUCGGUUACGGUAUCUGCUGUAUCUGCACAUUCAUAGCCAUUUUCUACAAUGCAAUUAUCGCGCAAGCUGUCUACUUUGCUAUCGUUUCUUUAUCGAGGAUUUGGGAUUCAGAAGUGCCGUGGGCUAAAUGUGGUAACCCGUGGAAUACUCCAAGAUGUUCAGAUGAUCUCAAUGUGACAAUGUCAAGGAAUGGAACUCGAUUGAGCACGCCCUCGGAAGAAUAUUAUUUAUAUAACGUGCUAGAAGUCCAAAAAUCCUCUGGAUUCGAUGAUCUCGGAGGUGUGAAAGGCUCAAUGGCCGUCUGCCUACUCGCCGUCUUCACAAUGGUCUACUUCGCUCUCUGGAAGGGACCUCAAUCAUCUGGAAAGAUCGUCUGGGUUACUGCAACUGCUCCAUACGUGAUUCUCUCAAUUCUCUUGGUCCGUGGACUGCUUCUCCCUGGUGCUCAGAAUGGGCUCUACUAUUAUAUCACUCCGGAUUUCGAGAAAUUGAAAGAUCCGGCUGUUUGGUCGGCUGCUGCUACUCAGAUAUUCUUCUCACUUGGUCCUGGAUUUGGAGUUCUUCUUGCUGAUGCCGUCACCACAUCUAUCAUCAACUGUGCCACGUCAUUCUUCUCCGGAUGUGUUGUUUUCUCAACACUUGGAUAUAUGUCUCUUCUGACAAAUCGACCGAUUAAUGAGGUAGUCGGUGAGCACGACGCCUCCCUAAUCUUCAUCGUCUACCCUCAAGCUCUGGCAACAAUGGAUUACAGUUGUUUCUGGUCUCUCAUCUUUUUCAUUAUGCUCAUUACUCUCGGAAUCGACUCAACUUUUGCUGGAAUCGAGGCAUUUAUCACUGGAUUCUGUGAUGAAUCUCGCUUUUUGACGAAGAAUCGAAAGUGGUUCGUGCUGGUGAUUUGUAUCAUUUACUACUUCCUCAGCUUCCCAGCAAUUAGUUAUGGCGGUCAAUUCGUGAUUCCAUUCCUCGAUGAAUACGGUGUCUCCUUGUCAGUUCUCUUCAUUGUAACCUGUGAAAUGAUUGCUGUUUGUUGGUUUUACGGAGUGGAUCAAUUCUCGAAAGAUAUUCGAGCAAUGUUAGGAUUCUAUCCGGGAAUCUAUUGGAGAGUUUGUUGGACUUGUUCUCCUGUUUUUAUAAGUCUAAUCUUCAUAAUGACCGUCUACAACAGUUCAUUCAAACCAAUGCAAAUGGCUUCCUACACUUUCCCAUGGUGGAGUGUUAUUCUCGGCUGGUUCCUCCGUCUGAUCUCCGUACUCGCCAUCCCUGGAUUCGCAAUAAUCUACCUUCUCAGUGGCACCGGAUCGCUCACCGAACGAUUCCGAUGGGCGAUUACACCUCAACAACGCCGGAAUUCAGCCACUUCACUGGCAGCUGAUCCAACUCAAAUUAUCGAUAGUUCUUUCCUUGAUCCCAUUCAUACUUUAACUCCCGUUUGA